ACAAGGGGGGCUGGGACACAAAAAUCGUACGAUGCAGCAGACAGCCGUGUGGUUGUACAAGAUCUGCCUACAAAUCUUGUCCUGUAGUAACCCUGACCGCGACCUUUCCCCUGUAUUGGCUUCCCAGCAGAGCUGGUCGCGUGAUCACUACUCUGCUGCCUGCUGAUUCCAAUGCAACAUGGCUGCCUUCAGCAAAUCUAUUCCGCACAACUGCUACGAAAUUGGGCAUACCUGGACUCCUUCCUGUACCCUUUCAACACUCCAAGUUACCGCCGGAGCCCUUGAGGUGUCCUUUAAAAUCUACGCACCUUUAUAUCUCAUAGCAGCAAUUCUUCGAAGGAGAAAGAAGGAAUAUUACUUGUACAGACUUCUACCUGAGAUCCUCCAGUCCACCUCAUUCCUCACUACUAAUGGAGGGCUUUACAUUGCUUUCUUCUGCAUUCUCAGGAGAAUACUUGGGAGAUUCUACUCAUGGUCUGCUGGAUUUGGAGCGGCUUUGCCUGCGUCCUAUUUGGCCAUUCUUCUUGAGCGUAAAAGCAGGAGAGGACUACUGACAAUAUAUAUGGCAAACUUGGCUACAGAGACGAUAUUUAGAAUGGCUGUUGCAAGGGGAGACAUUAAACCUAUAAAGCAUGGAGAGGUCCUAUUGUUCUGCUUCACAGCUUCCCUCUUCAUGUUUUUCUUCAGGUGCAAAGAUGGGCUUAAGGGAUUUGCAUUCUCAGCUCUUAAGUUCAUAGUUGGUAAAGAAGAAAUCCCAACGCAUUCAUUUCUAGCGGAGGCCACAUAUGUGAAAGCACCAGAGAGGGCGAGCCUGGAGCAGGAGAGGCCAGGGGCACAACCGAAGAAGAGCAGAGCUUCUCUAGCAGUGCUGACCAGGAAACUAAUAGAAUCCGUAUGCAAGCAUGGACCAAGGCAUAGGUGUUGUAAACACUAUGAAGACAACUGCAUCUCCUAUUGUGUUAAAGGUUUUGUCCGAAUGUUCAGUGUCGGCUACCUGAUUCAGUGCUGCCUGAGGAUCCCGUCGGCAUUCAGACAUCUGUUCACAAAGCCCUCCCGGCUCCUGUCUCUGCUGUACAAUAAAGAAAACUUCCAGCUUGGUGCAUUCCUGGGCUCCUUUGUCAGUAUAUAUAAGGGCACUAGCUGUUUCUUGCGGUGGGUGAGAAAUCUUGAUGAUGAGCUCCAUGCUCUUAUUGCAGGUUUUCUUGCAGGGAUCUCCAUGAUGUUUUACAAAAGCACCAGUAUCUCCAUGUACCUUGCAUCCAAACUAGUGGAGACAAUGUACUUUAAAGGCAUCGAAGCUGGAAAGUUUCCAUAUUUUCCACACGCAGACACAGUGAUUUACGCCAUUUCAACAGCUAUUUGUUUCCAGGCAGCUGUGAUGGAGGUUCAGAAUCUCAGACCUUCAUACUGGAAGUUCCUGUUGAGAUUGACAAAGGGCAGGUUUGCUGUGAUGAACCGUCGGGUGCUAGACGUCUUCGGUACCAAAGCCUCACGGGAUUUCAAGGGCUUUAUACCCCAGCUGGAUCCCCGGUACACUGUAGUGAAGCCAGAAAUCGAGAUUCAGCCGGGUUCCUGAAGCAGUGUUGUCAAUACUGACCAAAGCAGCACGGCCACCAACCCAGCAUGUUCAGUGAGGCCAAGGCACUCGUAAUCAGUGUUAUUUCAAUUUGAUACCAUUUCUGAUUGAUCAGGAAUGCCGGAGGAGAAGUUUGGUUUUAAUUAAGCAAACCCUUUUGCCGAAAGAAACUGUGAAUUGUGAAAGCACUUAAUUAGCUGAAAGUAUAUUCAUAUAUAUGUCUCGUUAGCACAGUUUCUGAAUCGAGCAAUAAUCUGAAUGAAUAACCAUAGAAGAGAAAUGAACUAUUGCAUUGAAGUUAGUAAAGUUUUAGGGAAAUCUUUAGAAUUAUAUAGAAAUGUACAGUUAUAAACUGAAAAAUGUUUUAAGGAAAGUAUAAUCUAUUAAGCAGUCAUUUCAAUUUCAUUGAAUUCAGGUGGGAACUUUCUGCCUCAAAUCUGGUUGUAAUUGUAGGCCAGAGUUUGAGAUCCUAUUUGGCGCUUUAGUCUAACACAGCGGGCUUGACAAAGAGGAGACCGGGGGAGGGGGGUCCGUUCAUAGUAUAAAUCUGACUAAAUUGCAUUAAACAGAUGGAAUCUAUCAAGGCUACACUGUCAUUAUUGGCCAAUACUAGUAUAAUUCAGAACAAUAACCAUGGCUGAGUAAUAGAACUUCAGUGUGUUCCAGUUUUAGAGAAACUGGCACACAUGCAGGAAAAAAAAUGCAACAAACCUGAACUAACAAACUUUAUUUUUUAUUCAGAAUCAACAUUGCAAAAUGGCAGUCUGGUAGCAGAAAUGCAUGCAAUCUCUCAGGUGUUACCACAGUAACUUCUCUCUUGUGUAUAUCAUCAUGGAAGAGGUUUGUGAUGUGGCUUGAUGCCGCCUGUAAGAAUCAAAACACAGAUCCAAAAAGACCUUUAAUAUUGAAUUGCAUGUAUAAAUUAGCUCUCUGGCGGAGCCUACUGGUUGAUCUGUCUGUUACCUUUUUUCUUCUUUUUUUUCUAAACUUUAUCUAAAGCAGCUACCAAGGCCCAUACAAACCUAACCUCCUUUUUAACAAUUUGCUGCUCAGUGAUGGAUUUUGUUAUUCAUGUUAACAAAGACAGUAUUGAAUGGGUGGUGCAAAAUGUAACUUCUGUUUGCUUCUUCACACAGUGCUUCAUUUUGUAAUUGUAUGUCUAAUGCAAAUACCGUAUUACUUGGAAUUAACGCUGCUGCGUUUAUUUUAAAUUGCUGAAAACAGCGGUGGCGCUUAUUCAAGGGUCGUGGUAAAUAGAAGUUCUAUAGUUUUCUAAAGGCACAAUUUUUUAUCGCGGUAUUUGAGGGAGACGUAUAUUGAAGUUUAUUUCUGCGGAUACAACGUGAUCAGGAUGGUGAAGAAGUCCUACAACUUUACACUGAAAGCUGUUGAGUUUGCAGAUCAGUAACGAGAGAAAUGUCAGUUCAACACCAAGGAGGUAUGUUUAUUUUCCCUUUCUUUUCUUGCAGCAGUUUCUAAGAGUCGCAGGGCUGAACUCUUUAAUAGAUGAUGCGCUUCUUUCUCUUCAACCAGCAAGACAACUAAACGCUCGCAGUCUCCUGGUCCAGGCAGGGCUUCGGUGUGGAAGAGGAGUUGAUCCUGUGGCUAUCCCCUAAACAGCAACGCUACAGCGAGAGCUUCCCUAGCUUCUGCUUGACACUCCAAAACACCACAACCCCCACUCUCUGAACUUCCUGCCUGGAUCAGGAUUCUUCAGCGUCUCUUAUUAGCCAAAAUACCGUGCAUACAACCAAAACAGAAAUGCAUUUAAGAAACUCAAAUAAUAAUCAUACAGCUCCUGCAAUACAACUACAAUGUAUUACUUUUCUUGCUAAUUCUUAAUAUAUUUAUUUUAGUGCUGCUGUAUCAGUGCAUAGUGCUGUGUACCUACAGUAUUCUUUUUUUGUUUGGGUUCCAUAAACUUUACAGUAAAAGUCUAUCCAAUUCAUUUUGUUUCUUUGUAAUGUUUUGCCACACUGUUUUGUAUGUGUUUCUUAAGUGCUGCAUUUAUUUGGGCUGGGGUAGGGGGAAAAAUUCACAUGUUUCAUUAUUGAGAGCGCCGUUUAUUCGAGGGCAGCGUCUAUUACAACUCUGAUAUCCGAGUGCAGCACCUAUUCAAGGGCGGCAGUAAUUCAAAGUAAUACGGUACAGGAAAUGUUCUACAUUCUCAAAAAAGGCAACAUUAUCUUUGUAUUUAUGCUGGGAUUUUGUAAUAAUAACAUGAAGUAUAGCACAUUAACACAUUGCCAAGGAUUAAAAGGGUUUCAUGCUCUUUUACAAACUGAGGUACAUACAGUAUAAAUAAGGUUAAUCUUCACAAGUGUAUAAUCCACUUGUCAGACAUCAGGGUUUUUUCUGCCCUGGAGAGUUUGAAGAUUACAGACUGUUGUUAAACGCACCAACUGCAUAACCCAUUUUGUUUUCUAUGAGGUAGCAUUCCUUAAAUAACAUGACUUUUUAGGCUUGUUGCACAAGUAUAUAUAUAUAUAUGUGUGUAUAUAUAUAUAUAUAUAUACACACACACACAAAGUGUGCAUUAGUGGUCCUUGCACUUCCUGGAUCGAAUCUAAUCCCUCUGCAUUUUGCACUGUAUUGCAUUUUGAUUUUUUUUGGCAAACUUGGUAAGUGAAUAUUGAGUAAACUUACUCACUGUCAUCAGUUUGCUUUUACAUUUAAAUGAUAUUUAUAAAAUCAGGCUCCAAGUGUUGGUAUGCAUCCAUAUUGCACAGACACAUGAUUGUGUUUUGCGCCUUACUGUUAGCAAGUAUAAUAAUAAGACCAGUGAUGGAAUGGGAUUCUGCAAAAAUAUGACAUUGUGAUCACAGGUGUCCAUGUAGUGUCUUUUUGGGCUUGCAAGGUGCCCUCUUUUUUUCAUGUUUAGUUCUGGUUUGAUUUUUGCUGCUUUUUUUCUCAAUAGAAGUGGGUGUGUCUUGAAGGAAAAUUAAGGAAAAGUUAAUUUUGUAGAACAAAAAACCUGCCCAGAAUAUUUGGAGGGGUUGGUGCAAAUAUGUUCUUUAUGAAGGUCUAUGCUAUAAAGGCAUCUAAGGAGAAUCCUUCUUGUCAUUAUCUAAUGAGAUAUAGAAUAGUGGUGCAUUAUUACCAGCACCCACUCUAAAUAAUUGGAAUGCAUUGUACAGACCCUCUCCUGAGCGUAAUUCACUAAGCCUGAUUAGGACUAAUGUGACUUCCCACUGAGCACUGUCAACACCCUCAGACUCUGUAUGUCCCUGACCCUCAGUGGGGCUCACUGAGCUAUAUUGUUUCAUUUCAUUCUUUUUCUGAUGCAAAAAGGAACCUCGCUGGUGUAUCAAUGUGUUCACAAAAAUAGCGAAUCCUGGGCUUGCUGAGCAGGUUUUUCAUUCAUAUACAUUUCGGUAUACCUCCAAAGUUAGACCUACAUUGGUAGGCUAACAUUUUGAUUAUUGCCUUUACAAAUAAACGGGGCAACUACCUCCAUAUCCACAUUGUUUACCAAUCAGUCCUUAUCAGUGGUUUAUGUGUGUUCCCUCGUAAUGUGAAGUGUCAUUAAUUGUUGCUUUUAUGAACAGAAUUAUGAAAUUAAUUGUCACUAUUAUAUGAACUGUAUAGUUCACUUCUACUGUAAAUGCUUUAAUAUUGAACCUGUGGAGGGCUAGCUUUUGUCACAAAUGACCAUUGAAUAAAAGGUAGUAAACAGUGUAGCCUUACAUGUAACACCUGUAACAUUUAUUUUGUACAAUAACAUUCCAUGCUUCUAUUCUUUCUUACGGACAUUAUUAAAAGAACAUAACCCCCUUCUAACCUUGGACUGUAACCUGACACUUGUCAGUAAAUGAAAUAAACCAUUAUAGAAGAUCAAAUACAAAAAAUGACACUUUUAAAAAGUACACGUUUUAAAUAAUGUAACUUUAAUUUACAAGCUAUGCAGUUACAUUUGUACAAUUAAAACUGCUGUUUUACGUUUUGUUUACAAUUAAAAUCCUAAUACAAUGCUAAA